AUGGAUUCACACUGCCUGGUGUCAUCUGGAAAUGAGUUCCCCAGAUUAGCGGCAAGGUUAAUCUUAGGUACUCUGAGGAGACCACCUGAGGAGAAUCGUAGAGAGCAGAAGUCUAUCAGACCAGAUUUCUGUAGAAACACCUCAUCCUAUCAGGGUCUCCCCUCUUCUGGUUUGGAGAGCUCUGCAGAGCUCCUGUCAGCUCUGAGCCCGGAGGAGAGAGAGAUGCUGGGGACCAUCACUGCAGAGGGUUACCCCCUUCAUACUGCCAUCAAUGCCCUGCAGAAGAUUGGCCAGCAAACACCAGAACAGAUCUUAAGUUACCUGUUGGCAUGUGACCAUCUAUGUCAGCUGGGUUAUGAUAAAGCCCAGGUAGAAGAGGCUUUGGAAAUGUUUCAAAACUGUGAGGCAAAGGCAAAGGAGUUUCUUCACCUACUGAGUCAAUUCAUUGAGAUGGGCUUCCAGCAGAAUACCAUCAAAGAAGUGCUGCUGGUCCAUGAAAACCACAGAGAACGGGCAUUGGAGGAGCUGAUGAUGCAUGAGGCAUGA